AUGACUACCCUAGCGAAUGAUGAAGAUCUUUUUGCUUCCCUCUCUGAAGGUUUGGAAGUAGAAGAGACCCUUGUCGUGCUUCCUUCGAAUGGUUCUGAACAACACGACACAAAAUAUGACCUUGGUAACAAUACAAAUGAUGAACCAUCGGAAAUAUUUUUGCCUAUGCCUAUUCAUCAAGUCGCCUCUCCACUGCUACCACACAUUUCCUCUCCAACCGUAUCCAAUCCCAUUCGAUUAAUGGAACAUCCAUAUGAUCUACCAACACGAAUGGAUCUCGUUUCCAUACAAACAAUAUCAGUGGAACAUCAUUUAAAAACAAAUAUACCUAUCCCAUGGGAUGGUAAUAAUGAUUUCGUGCAAAUUAGCACUGUUAUUAAUCCAAAUCCACAGUGGAUACUACGUGGAUACGCAGAUCAACAUAGAGAAAUGGAAGCCAUUGUGCAACGGUUACAUCAAUUAGUAAAUGAAACAAAUGAACAAGAAAAGCGAGUAGAAAGAGAGACAAUAAACUCUAUCAACAAACUUAUUUCCAAAAUAUGGUUAACAAUGAAAGUGGAAAAAAACCAAAAGAAUGGAACUCGAUUUAUUACAUGUUUGAACGAUUUACUGAACAGGCAAACGAAUCAUCUCUUGGAAGAUUUUAAAAAGUCUCUCCAUGAUAAAUCUCGAUCACUCGUCGAAGUCGGAUGUAUACGAAUGAUGGUUCGAUAUGACGAUGAAUUGAAGAAGUUAACAGAAACUUUUUUGGAAAAAAAAGUAAUUGAACAAUCCUUUGAAAAAAUGACAUGCGCUGCCUAUUCCGAAUUUAAUCAAAUGUUAAAAAGCGAAAUACUUCAACAAGAGAAUGGUAUUCAUGGAGAUGUUUCCAAGGUAUUAGAUCAUCAUUUAGAGAAACUAGAAGAUCAAUUAACUUCAGAAGCAGUAUAUAUUGGUACAGACAAAGAAAAUUUUACAUUAUUGUCAAGUCUUUUAAAACGAUCGGAACUCUUUUGUUACUGUGACACAUUUGGUCUACCGUUAUUCAAAGAAUCUAUUAAGAUACUAGAAAAAAUAGAUCAACAUCCUGUAGUUAGUAUUUCAACACCAACUGGCUCUGGAAAGUCCACUUUACUUCCCUUAUUACUCACUGCCCAUGGCUAUGAUAAAAUAUUAGUAACACAACCACGUCGUCUGGCAUGUAAUCUUCUAUCAACACGAGUAAAUGAUAAAGUAAAGAAACGAAUUAGUGGAUGGGCAGUCGCAGGCGCUCGAUCAAAAAACGAUUCCAAUACGCAAAUUAUUUAUCUUACUGAUGGACUUCUUAAAACAUACUUACAAUUAAGUGAAGGAAACAUUUUCAAUCUAGUUGAAGAAUGUAAACAGGGAAUUGUAUAUUUCAUCGAUGAAGUCCAUGAAAGAUCGAUUAACAUCGAUCUUUGCGUGGCUUUUCUUUCUCGUUUACUAACACAGUAUGAUUUGAAAGGCAAAAUCAAGGUUAUAAUCUCUUCUGCUACGUUAGAUCCUUCUUUUGAAAAAGUCUUUCACCAUAUCAAUUAUCACAGUCUAAAAAUUUCGAUAAGACCCUUCUACAAUGUUAUAGUACACAAAAAUUCAAGAGAGAAUCUGUUCGAUUUAAUUGAACGUCUCUUCAAAGAUAUUAAACGAGGAGAACAAAUCUUAUGUUUUGUUAAAUCAACGAGCGAUGUUUACCAUUCAAUAAAACUACUUGAUCAAUUGAAGAAACUUCUAUCCUAUCCUCUUGUUGAAUCUCAGUCUCCUCUCACUCAACAAAAACUGAUUGCGGAAAAACAGAUUUUCUUUUCAACUACCGUCGCACAAACUUCUCUGACUUUUCCUGCUCUCAAAUAUGUGAUUGACACUGGUAUAAUCAAUAUGCCCAUCUAUGAUGCACAGACAGACACGACCAUUCUCACCGAAUUGCCUGCUUCUCAUUCAACGAUUACGCAACGAAAAGGUAGAGUAGCACGAACUCAAGAAGGUGAGUAUUUUCCAUUGUACAAUCCCCACGUGGAGCGUCCUGAUUUUACUACACCACAAAUUUAUCAAACGGAACUAAGCGAUGUUGAUUUUGCAUUGCGGAAAUCAUCGGAAGAAAAAGAUUCGCUUGCAACAUUCAAACAAUGGUUGCCUGAUCAACCAAGUCAAGUUAUCAUUGUUCGAGCUCGUGAUCGAUUAAAAAAACUUGGUAUUUUGAACUGCAAUGAACGAUUCUCGGAUGAUGGAAAAGCUAUUGCAAAACUGCCGGACUUUGGUAGCAUUUCGAUGAAAAUAUCCGUUUAUUUUGGUCUUACUAAAGAAAAAUGUGGUCAAGAUAUGAUUCGUCUAGCCGCUAUUCUCAGUGUUCUAAACAAUACUUUCAUUUUAGGUAAACUUCCUCUUCAAUUCAAGCAAGAAGAAGAAGGUGACUAUAUGUCUCUUCUUACCAUGAUGAAUACUAUCAUUGAAAACCCAAAUAUGAUCAACAAUAAUGAGUUGGACGACAUCGAUCACUUACUUCGCCGUGCAUUAUUACGUUGGGAAACAUUUCAAAGAUUUUUCAAAAUUAAUGAAGACGAACAUUUAAGAAAUCUUUCACAAACUUUUUCAGGAAAAUGGUCGUACAUAGCACGUGCAUUGCUCGCUGGACAUAGUGAAAAUGUCUAUGUAGCUUUGAAAGAACUAAAUGGAAGAAUCCAUCAAUAUUGUCGUUAUAACGAUGUCACUGAAGAGGAAACACGCAAACAAAUAGCAAAACUCGAUAAAGCAACAACACUUUCUCGACUACCGCAACCCUCAAUAGUUCUUGCACGAGAUGUAAUAUGUACAACAGACGUACGAAAACUUAGCAUUUUAUCCUUUAUCGGUUCCAUUCAGCCUGCUUGGCUUGACAAAAGUUUGAUACGCAAAUUCGAAUUAACAAGCAAAGAAAUAAUUUAUUUCCAAACAAAUAUACGGCCCAGUGAUGAUUUUAAACUAGUUUCACAACACGUUUGUAAUACGGUAGAUAAUAAAGCCCUUGAGUUAAGUGGAAAUGCAGGACAAGUGUUUGAAACAGAACGCUUUAUAUGUCAACAACUGAUCCGACCACAUGAUUGGAAUUUAGUAGAUGAUGAUCAAUUAUGUCGCGAUAAAAAUUUAAAAAUGAACGUUGAAAGUAUAAGAAAAGGUCUAUCAAUGUUUUUCCCACUGAUAUGGAGAUUUGAGAAUGAAAAACAGGCUAUCGUUCGUGUCAUGAAAGAUGGAAUAUAUAGUUGUAAAAUAUUAGUGGAAAGUCGUGAUAAAGAUAAUGAAACGAUAAGAGAGGAAUUUGAUUAUUUUGUCAAAUGGCUCCGUAAAUGUGUAUCAAUCCAACAUUUACAUUCGGGUAUUUCACCUCAGCGUCUACAGAAACCCGAUGCAGAAAUCGAAGAAAGAAUCAGACUAGUUGCCGAUCCUGGACGAACACAAGUCGACCUAAUGCAGGAUGUUCUAUAUGGAAGCCGGGAAAUUCGUAUGCAAGUUGUCGCAUGGAUUGCUGUCGUUGAGUUUGAUUGUAAAUUAGAAGGCGGUUUCAUACGAGAUUGGAUUAUUGAUCAUCGUUCUUCACGACCAUCAAAUCUUGAUCCAAAGAUAUGGAUGACAUUCAAUCCAAAAACUGGACUACCUGAACUUGAUUCGAAUUUAGUUCCAGCUGAUUUGGAUUGUUAUUUGCCAUUGGAUAAAUAUUUUGAUCUAGAACACUUUAUCGAUAGAAUGCAUCCUUUUAAGAUAAAAGUGAAACCAUUUCGUCAACCAUGGCGUUAUGUUCUUCUUUUUGAUGAAGAUGCUCCAACUGGACCUUUUAUCAUGGACUUAAUCGAACCACACAUCGCUCUAACCCAUGAUCGCAUCGAUUUCAAUGUAAACAAUCUAUAUGUGAAACGUGGUUUUACACGAGAAUUGGGACAAAGAAUCGAUCUAAGUGAACCUCCUUGUUCAAUUCAGUUGGAUGAUAUAAUCGAUGAUAUACGUAAAUAUCAGUUUCGAAUACUUCGACCGAUUGAUGAAUUUAUGGAAGAACGAAUUGUUAAGAUGAAACGACGUGGUUAUAAACAAAUAGGUGAACCAUUUUCUAUCAUUCCUACGCCUCCUAGUAAAUAUAGAAUGGUUUCAGUUGAAUUAUCUUCUCACUCGCCCGAGUAUAAACGGAUACAAGAAAAAUUUCGAGAAAAAUUGUCCGAUUAUUAUAUUUUUUCAAUUGAAGAAAUAAAAAAUGAUGAAAUACAAAAAGCAUAUGAAGCUAUGAAAUGUAUAAUCGCUCAUGAGUGUCCAAAUAGUAAUUCAAACGAAAUGAAAUUGUUUCAUGGCACUAGAACGCGAAACAUAAAUAGUUUAUUAGAGAAUGGUUUUGAUGACCGAUAUUUUAACAUCGAAGCGCAUUAUGCUGACGAUCCAUCAAAAUCUCAUGAGUACACUAGUUUAGAUGAUGAUGUACAGAUGAUGUUAUAUUGUAAAGCAAUCAUGGGAAACAUAGAUGUUAUUAAAGGUGAACUAAAUGGCGAUAAAGUCAAGGCCAGUGCAAGCAUAGGAUAUCACUCGAGCAAGGGACUACCGGGGCCAGGAUUACCAGCUGAAUAUAUUGUAUAUCGAAAUACUCAAAUCAUGCCUAAUUUGAAAAUAACUUACAAGAAACGAAAAUAA